AUGCCGACACUAGCGGAGCGUCUCGGCUCGAGCGCUGCUAAUGCCUCCGGAUCUGAUAAAUCGUCUCACGACCGCGAGCAAGAGUUGCGAUCCCGUCUCUUUGCUUCCAAGCAAACAUCUCGAAACACCGCCCAUCAGGACUUAGCCAGCAGCGAGCGCAGGAGCAUCGACCGAGAGCUUCCGUUGGCAAGCCGCCAUCGAUCGAGAUCACCGCUGUCUAGUCCGCAGAACGGCUCGAGCCCCAGGCGGCAACGUGGUUCACCGUCUUAUGAAAAUCAGCCUUCCACAGUAUCAGCCCGCAUGCCACCUCCCCCACAACCCUAUAUCCACCCAGACCGUCGUCCUCCAAGACCGCAAGCUGACCGAUGGGUCCCUCCUCCUCGCGAGGAUGUACAAUCCGAUCGAUCGCCCCGCUCGUACCCCCGUCGUCGUGACGAUCAACGAUGGCAAGCAAAUGAACGUCGCGCAAACCAAGAUGAUUCACGUCGAGCUUGGACGUCAUCGCGCUCUGGUGACCGCCGUCGAUACUUUGACAGCAAUGACGACAGAAACCCACGCCAAGAAGAUCGCGAAGCUCCGUCUGAGUAUGGUGCUGCACAAUGGAAGCGUCUGCAACGUGAUCCAUAUGCAUCGUCCAUGUCAUCCGGCGGCAAUCAAGGUGAUGGUAAUGGCGGAUUCUUCAGCUCUCGUAACGAGCAGCGCAAAAAGUCGACCAUCUCCAUCUGGCCACCGAGUCCACCGCAUCCCACUCUAGAUAGCGACGAAGAGCGCGAGAAGCGAAAGCGUCACCGCGACAGCAGCAGCAGGCACAGGGACAAGGACAAGGACAAGGACAGGGACAAGGACAAGGGCAAGCGCGAUAGGAAGCACAGUAGCAGCGAUAAGCAUCACUCUUCUUCCCGAAGUCAUCGUCACCACUCGAGUACAAGCCGACGUCGCCGCUCGAGCAGGCACAGUGAAGAUGACAAAGCGUCCAGACAUCGUCAUACGCGCUCUUCACGGUCCCACCACCGCGACGAUGACGAUGACGAUGACGAUGAAGAUGUCGAUGUGGACGGCAGGAGAAAAUCAAAACGCUCGCGGACCAAGGUCUCCGACGGUUCGGACUCGGGUCGUUCCGAAUCUGAGACGGAUUCCGACUCAGAUGCACGCUCGUCUCGUCACCGGCGUCGUCACCACAAAUCCGAUCGUUCAAGUACACAUCGUCGACGCGAGUCGGAGAAGCGACACAGAAGCAGUGGUCAGCGCUCCGAGUCGGAAUCAAGUUUGCAUUCCGAACACAACCAAAAGGAAACGGCCAAAUCGCGUCGCGACUCUGUCUCAGCCUCGGCAUCGGAUUCCGACGUCGAAGUUGGGCCAACACUGCCGACCGUCGCAGCCGACGGCAAACCCGUCGACCCUCGUGCCUAUGGCGGCGCGUUGCUGCCUGGCGAAGGCUCUGCCAUGGCGUCGUACGUUCAAGACGGCAAACGUAUUCCACGUCGCGGAGAGAUCGGGUUGACUUCCGAUCAGAUCGAAGCGUACGAGAAGGCAGGGUACGUCAUGAGCGGCAGUCGACAUCAUCGUAUGAACGCCGUACGCAUGCGCAAGGAGAACCAGGUCAUCUCGGCAGAGGAAAAGAGGACCAUGCUCCGAUUGCAAGCCGAGGAAAAGGCAAAGAAGGAGAGAGAGAUCGUUUCACAGUUCAAGGAGUUGGUCGAUACGUUACAGCCUGGCUCGUCAGAAGCAAAGUAA